CACACUUAGUGCAGACAGACGCUGAUGUUGAACUAAAUGACAGUUUCAGCAGAGACAACAGAGGCUGUUUCCCCCUUUCUGUGACCAUGCAGCUGUUGAAAUGCAUUUUAAUUAUCCAACUGAGCUGUCUUUGUCAAGCUUCUCAGAACCAAACAUCCACUCAAACAGACCCCGCUGAUGUCCAGGUGACAGUGGAGGGAAAUAACACAAGAGGGAGAACACAUGAAGAAUUCAACAAUGACCCUUAUGUCCACAAACUUUCUGGUAAAUGCCACUUUGCACUCAGGAUUCCUGGAAACAGGAACAGUGAUGUGGUGGCAUUACCAGCAGGCUCUACAGACAUGUUGCUUGAACAGAUCUGUCAGAAACUUGACUGUGGCAGCGUCUAUGAGAAAACAACCAGCUCACCUCCCAAUACCACCUGCUUUCAACACUGUGUGUAUGAAGAUGGUCGUUUGCAGAACUGUUCACAGAGUGUGAGAGGGAACUGCACUGUGAUUGCUGAUGUUGUUUGUGGCCACCACAACGUUCGGCUGGCAGGAGGCCCAGACCGCUGUGCUGGACGGGUGGAGCUGUGGAGAGAUGGGAGCUGGGGCACCGUGUGUGACGACCAGUGGGACCUGCGGGAUGCAGACGUGGUGUGCGCCCAGCUCGGCUGCGGUUACGCCCUUAAUGUGACGGGACAGGGUGGCUCCUUCCCCCAGGGCAGAGGACCCGUCCACCUGGACGAGCUCAACUGUACCGGCAGGGAGGAGAACCUGUGGGCCUGUCCGGCCGCACAGGAUGAGACCGACUGCGGACACAAAGAGGAUGCUGGGGUCGUUUGCUCAGAGAUGAGAGCAGUCAGACUGACUGGAGGUCUGGACCGCUGCUCUGGUAUAGUGGAGAUCCACCGUAAUGGCAGCUGGGGUACAGUGUGUGAUAACUGCUGGAAUGUGAACCUGGCCUCUAUGGUGUGCUCCAUGCUGCAGUGUGGAACAGAGCCGCAGCAAUUCACCCGGUUUGUUCCUCCUCUUGCCCACAACAACGGGUCACUGUGGUUCUAUCAAUGUGAUCGAAACAUGCAGAGUCUAUUCGAGUGCGAAGAGUAUGUCAAUCUAGCACACCUGUGCGCAACCUCAAAAGCAUCUGGUGUCAUCUGUAAAGGCUCCCUUGGGUUUCCUGUACCCACCACAGCCACCACAGCUAAUACAACUGUAAUGACCAGUUGGACGACUGGUGCAACCAUAGUCAGUCGUGCUGGAGGCUUCCUCCUACCAUCGCCGGUGUUGCUCGGCACCAUCGCUGUGGUUCUUGUGCUCCUCGUUAUUCUCAUCACAAACUCAGUGCUUUGCUGCCACUACAGAAGAAGACACGCUUUCUUGCUUCAGCAGACACGCAGCAGUGCAAGACCUCCCUCUGAACAUCAUCACAACAACUACCAAGAAACCGUCGACCUCAUCAAGGUUACUCCCAACCCCCUGCAGACAGAAGCCCCCUCCAAUCCCAGGUAUCUUUGGACCCAGCUUAGUAGUGUUGACAGCACGUCAGUAGAUACAGACUAUGAGCAGUAUGAGCCAAGCAAUGACCCAUCUGUCCCUUUGUCAACCUUUCGGAAUUCUCAGAGGUACAGAACAGAUGUGAACCCUUUGAUGAGGCCAUCAGGCCUUGACAGCCUCUUUGAGGAAGUCCCUGAACCCACAAAUGAAGCGACGGGAGCCUUUACAAGCUGUAAUGGCGGCCCUGCAGAGGCUCAAUAUGCCCGAGUGUCAAAGAUCUCAGUGGACUCAUUUGAAACCUCCAGUACCUCCUCUGGGGAAUUCUACGAAAAUACAAACAACGGUUACGUCAUGGUCACUCCUGAUUCAGGACUGGGCCAGUCAUCUGUUGUCAACAAUGCUUUUGACUCUUCAGGGCUUGCCUACAGCAAAGAUCCACUUCACCCAAAACAAACAACAAACCUGCAGAGUUCAGGUGAUGAAGAUGAUGGCCCUAUCUACUCCCCUGUGAGCCCUGACCAAAACUUUUCAUCUGAGGAUGACUACGACGACAUCGGCACCUAAACAGAGGAGGCAACUCCAGCUCUCAGAGACCAGAGAGAGUGGGACUGAAGCUGCAAAACUGCUCUGAGAGGAAACACGUACUGUGAGACGAUACACCUGUCUAGACUAAGGAAACACAAAGAGCAUCCAUUUGGUGAUUUGCAGGUUAAAAUAAAUCUAUAAAUUUGGGUUAAAACUGGACUCAAUUUGGUUAAAAAGUGUAAGUCUAGGUUACAUAACUAUUGUCUUAACAGCAUUUGAAUGACUACUGUACACUUCAUUGUGUGCGGUAGUUAAUAUUCAAUGCUGUUGAUGGAAGAGUUGUGUGGGACCUUGGCAUCUAAUACAAAAUGUUCUUUUCAACCAGAUUCACAACAGUUUUGACACAGAUUUCCUGACUGACUUUUGAUGUGCAACAUACCAAACAUACUGUUUCCUGUGAACUGCAAUAGUAUAAGUUCAGUGUACAGUUGUUGAAACUUGACACGUGAUUAACCCACUGCAGGUUUACCCAUCCAUUAACCUACCCAUCACAAUGGGCAAGUUGUUGCCUUGUUUUUUACAGUUGUGAUCACAGACUGUUUUAAAAAACACUCUUAUGGUGCACUUAAUGAUGCUCAGACAUGUGACAGUCAAAUGCCAUUGAGAGUUGGCUAUAAAAAGGCAUUGCACCCAUUCAUUUCUGACCAAAAAUCAAACCCUGUAGACAAAUGACAAGCACAUUUUGAUGUUGUGGAAGGAGUAAUGUGUGAUUUUGCUCCUGUUUUGUGUUAGAAAGUUACAGCUCACUCUGAAAUGUGUCAUGUCCAAGCAUCCUGGAAGUGGACUUUUCAGAUCAGUCUCUGCUUUUAGCUGCAUUGCCAUAUAAAUAAGAAAUAUGUGUUGAAAAAUGUCCACUCUGAUUGAUUAGUUUCAAGACCCUGCAAAUUAACUUUUACAGUGCACUGACAUUAACCGAAAAAAACGUCCUGAAAGAUUGUAAAUCAAACUUAGAAGUUGUUGAAGUAACUUUAGUGAAUGUAGAAAUAGCUGUAACAUAUGUAUGAUAUUUUUAAUAUAUAUUUGUCUGCAUAGCAAUUUUUUGUAAUAACUAGUAUGUAUUCAAAUGAUGUGCUUAUGUUUGUCAUGUAUCUCCCUGUGGAUUUAAGUACAAUCAAACUACUGAGUUCCAACAUAAUCUCUAUAUUUACGAUAAGCACUACAUGGCCAAAAGUAUGUGGACACCCAAACAUUACGCCCAUAUGUUAUUCUGAAACCAUGGACAUCAAUCUGCUGUUAUAACAACCUCCACUCUUCUAGGAAGGUUUGCUACAAAAUUUUAUAGUCUGGCCGCAGAGCUUUGAUCCCAUUCAGCCACAAGAGCAUUAGUGAGGUCCAUCACUGAUGUCAGCAUAUAAGGCAAGAGAAAGGCAAGGAAAGUUUAGCAAAUUUCAUUACAAAUAAACUCAAUGUGCUUAACAUAAAAAUGUACGUGCAAAGAACCAUUCACCUAUGUGCCUAAAAACAGAAAAGAACCCACUUCACAUUAUACAGACAGGAAGAGACGCACACAUACAGUAACUAAUCAUUAGCCAUUGAAAAUAUGAGAGUUUUGAGUUUGCUUGGCUUGCUUUUGGCAUUCCAGUUUAUUAUAAAGUUGUUGAGGUCAGGGCUUUGUGCAGGCCAGUCAAGUUGUUCCCCACCAAACUGGGAAAACCGUUUCUCUAUAAUAUAACAAUUCAUUUUUAAUUUAGAACCUUUCAAAACAAAGUGACCAAGUGCUUUACAAUAAAAGCAAUAAUAAAAACAUAUAUAAGUAGUAUACACCGAUCAGCCAAAACAUUAAAACCACUGACAGAUGACAUGAACAAUACUGACCAUCUCGUUACAAUGCCAUGCUCUGCUGGGAAAGCUGGGAAAGCUUUGGUCCUGGCAUUCAUGUGGAUGCCACUUGAAGCACUUCAUGUUGAUGUUUCGCCUGCUGAUGCCAGAGUAAAGGGUGUUGCAGUAGUCAAGUCUGGAGGAGUUAAAAGCAUGGAUCACCUUUCUAAAUCUGCAGAGGAAAAACGUGCCUUUAUCUUUUUUAAAUGUUUCAGUUGGACUACACCACUUUAGGCAUUAAAAGACAGUGCUGAGUCAAAAAUAACUCCGAGGUUGUGGACCUCUUCUUUGAUAUUAUUAGAUAAGGCACCCUGAGGAAAUUUGAUGUCUUGAUGUCAGUAAAGCAGAACAAACAAAGCAAAAACAUGAAACAUCAGUGUUGCCAGGCUUUGAUGUGACCUCACUUUGUGCACAGGAGCAUUCUUGUGUUGAAGCAGAAAAAAGUCCUCUUCAAACUGCUCACCAGCACACCAAAAAACAGGAAACAAACUCAAAGCUACACAGUGUCCUGAUACUUUUGGCCAUAUAAUGUGUUGAAAUAAUGUACAUAGGUUUGUAACACAUCAUCCUGUGAACAUUUCUCAUCAAACUAUUGAGUUCUACCACAAGAUGGCACUAUAAGCUUGUAAGUAACUAAAGGUUUACCAGGAGUGAGGCCUUUACAUGUAAACUAAAGAAAUCUUGUAAUACCAUAUGUUUGCCAAAUAAAGGUUUU